AAAUUUUAAAUACAGAAAAUAAUAUUCAUGUAGUAGUAUGGGUAAGAAUGGAAGACGAUCACAUCCAUUCAUCGGCUAGUAACAAUAAUGACUCGUGAGCUAAAGCUUAGACUAGGGUUUGCUGUACAGCCGAAUCCCCCUUUUAAAACACAGGCCACAUAUGUUUACUAUUUCUUAAAACCAUUUGUUCAUAUAAUCUUAUCUAUUGCCCGGUUAGAGGUUUAAUUAUAGAAACACAUCUGGCUGGUUUCCCACAAAGACAAAAUAUACCGGUAAGAGGUAUUUAAUAAGGAAAAAUACCGGUAUAGAGGUUUAAUUUAGAGGAAAUGAAAAAAUGGUUUUUGAAAAAAAAACAUUUAGAGGGCUAACUACGAAAACAUAUCUCACUGGUUUUCUACAAAGAAUAAAUAUAAUUGCAUUAUGCAGUCAACGUUCAAUUUGAUUAGUCUAUUCAAUUGCUAAUCAAAACCCCUCUUUUUUUUCCGAAACAAUGUAUAAAACAUGAAUUCCAGGCCUUUUAUUUGUUUGAAAAUUUAUCAGGUAUUUGAUCACAUAUAACUGAAAAUAGCAUUUUCAACAGUAUAUUGAAAAUUGCUUUGAUUUAUUUUUUGGCACAUGAUUUGGUAUUAUUAUUAAUGUUUUAAAAAGUAACAAGGUUUCCUACAUGACUGAAUUUAUCACAUAGCUCACAUAUACUUUAUAAUGUCAUGGCCAGAAAACAAAAAAUUAUGCAUACACACUUUAUUAGUGCACGUAACCCUUGUUAGACGAACAAAAACUUAAAAUUACAGAAAAAUUAGCGCACGUAGGCUUCUUCGAAAAGUUAAAUUUUCGACUGUGUCAAUGAAGGUCUAAUCGCCGUGAUUAAUCUGUAAACCAAAACUUCACGAUAAGACCGUCCGUGACGAUAAAAGGUCAAAGCAAUGUGACGUUAGACUUGCCAAAUUCUUUUUGAAAAGACUUCCAAUAAUUUUUUUCUUCUUCUGAAUUCUCUUUAGUGUUUUUGAUGCCAACCCCCCUUUAAUGGUUGCAUACUAUUUUUAUAGAGUUUCAUAUAAUUAUAAUUCAGAUUGAAAUGGGAAGAAAAGAUAAAUAAACGGUUGAGAGGGUUUUGCGGGGGAGGGACAUGUGGAGAUAAACUCCCUGUUCUAACACGUGGCCUUUUAGCACUUGGUAAAAAUUAACAUUAUGAGAUUUAAAUUAUUAGUUUAAUUUUAUUUUAAAUAUUUUCGGUUUUGUUUAAUUGAACUUACACAUCAUAAAUUUUAUAAAUCUAAAAAUACGAAGACAAAUAGUUAUUUUAAAUUUUACUAAUACAUUUCAUGCAUACUAUUUUGCAUCUCGAAAUACCGAUUUCUUAGUCAUUAUUCAAAUUUCGUGUUUAUAUAAAUUUCAACUGUAAUAAACGACUAUGAAAUAAUGAUGAAUAAUGUAUUUUUUUUUUUAAAAUGUAGAGAGUAAUUAUGAUCACCUCAAACUAGUUGUGAAUAUUUCGUGAAAUCCAUUGAGACAGAAAAAAAUUACAUGAUGGCAUGAUUACUCUAAGAAAAUUACUUAAAAUAAUGACAGCUUAUAUUUAUUUUUCUUUUCUUUCAAACAUAUAUAGUGAGUGAUAUUUAUGUGAUGGGGAUUCACUCAAACUGGAAGAUAACUGUAGUGAAGUGCCCAAAGCAAAAGAUCUUCAUGGGACUCUAUAUGUCUUAAAAACCUUUUUCUCUCUCUAUCCACAGAAAACCCAGCAACUUCCACUUUCAGAGAUCAAAAUUGUGUUGUCUCUAAAAAAUGUUGAAGAGAGACUAAUUCCAUGGAGGCGUUUGCAGUCUUUUAGUUGAUCCAGUCUUUCUCAGUUUCUCCAAGCAAAGAAAAGAUUUGUAUCUUUCUUGGAUCUCUUUGGGGUAUGUUGUGUGUGUGAUGUUGAUUAUCACUUGGAAAAUAAAUGGCAGGAUUUUUCUAUCUAGGAGGGAGAGACAACAACAACAGCAAACAAGAUCAUCAUCAAGUUGACAAGGAUCAUCAUCAUCAUCAAGACAAGAGUAACUAUCUUUAUCUUUACAAAGACGAGAUCUAUAACACCAACAAGGGUUUCGAGAUUUGGCCUCCACAAUACUUCCAACAACAACAAGAACAACAACAACAUGUCACACCUCCUUCAAACUUCUACUCCUUUGGAAUGGUCCCAAGCGGAAGCAGCAGCGGCAAUAACAACAAUAACAGGAGCCGGGGUUUAUACUUCAACGUAGUCUCCGAUCAUGAGCCGGGAGGGUUCACCGUAACGAGACAAGGAGGUAUGAACUGUCAAGAUUGUGGGAAUCAAGCUAAGAAAGAUUGUCCUCAUAUGAGAUGUAGAACUUGUUGUAAGAGCCGAGGCUUUCACUGUCAGACUCACGUUAAGAGCACUUGGGUUCCUGCUGCUAAACGCCGUGAGCGUUUGGCUCAACUCGCUUCCUUGCAGCACCAUUCAGCCUCCAGCCGCGAAACGCCAAACGCAAACGCUAAACGCCUACGUGAAGUAGAUGGUGGUGAUAAUGAUGAUGAUAAAGACCAUAAUGGUGGUGGUGGAUCGUCUCUUGCUACCCGUGUGGUGAAUACUAAUUCUAAUUCAGGGUUGGAGGCGAUUCAAAAAUUACCACCGGAAGUUAGCUCACCGGCGGUUUUCCGAUGCGUUCGAGUGAGCUCGAUAGAAGAGGAUGAAGAUGAUCAAGAAUAUGCUUAUCAAACGGCUGUGAACAUUGGGGGACAUGUCUUUAAAGGCAUUCUUUAUGACCAAGGACCAGAUCAAGAUCACCACCACCAAUUUAACCUCCUUGCAUCCACUGCUACAACCACCAAUGCCGAAGAGAUUGCUGCAAAAACGGCGGUUACUAUUGCCGGAAACAAUAACAGUGGAUUAAUUCUUGAUCCUUCGUCGCUUUAUCCUACUCAACUCAACUCCUUCAUCGCCGGUACGCCAUUCUUCACACCUCCGAGGGACUAAGUUAUUGAAUAUUAUUUCAGCUUUACAACGUUAUAAUAAUAAGAGGCCUUUCUUUGUUGUUGUUUUUGUAUUCAUCUUUGCCUUUUUAAAACUUCGUGCAAGUUCAUAAAACUCCCUUAGCUAGGUUGUUACUUAGGGGUGAUUAACAUGCACAUCGUACGCCGCCUUUUUAAGAACAUCAAUGAGAGUUGAGUUAAUGUUUGAGUUUUAAUUUUUGAUAUUUUAUUUUAUUGUUUGUUUACUGCACCUUCUCAGUUUCCUCUUGUGAUUAUUCGUUACAUGAAACUGUCUCUAGUACAACUCUUUUUGGUUCAUUGCGUAGUAUCGAUCUCUUUGUGUUUCAAUGUCGUUUAGUUGGAAUUUUAUGUAUUACUAAUUAUCUCUCUUUUUAAUUGGUGUACGAUAUAUAAUACUUUUUAAGUAAAGGUCAAAUCAGAAACUAAUAAAUAACAAUAUUUGUGGGUUUGAUAUUGAAUUAGCUUUCUGGUUGGUGUUGAGCUCGAAGCUGCUUUUUCCCCCGUUUAUCCGUUUGCUUGCUGGUUCCAAACGUGAGUUAACUAGGUUUCGUGUUCCAUUGACGAAAGAUUUGAAAAAACAUAUUUUAAGAAGGCAUUGAACAACUUUUAUAUUACCCAAUGGAAUUCCUCCGAAUUCUCUAUUGAAAUAUAGUAUCUAACAUCUGGGAAGAUGGAAAAAUAAAUCAGUUAAAAACUGGGCGACUUUAAAUCUCAUUCCUGCAUUAACUUUAAUUUACUUUUUGUACAAGUUUAAUCUAGUUUAUUCUAUUUUAUCUGGUUUGAGUCUAAUAGUUUCACACAUAUUUCCUUUAUUUUGGCCACUUUAUUUUUACUUAGAUAAUAUCGUGUCAUUCCAGUAGAUUCAACCCCUAUCUACAACAUAGGACGGUAAGGUUAAAUAUUUCGAGAAUGUCAAUUAAUUGCGAGUCCAUAAGGAACAUGUGAUUUGUUAAUCGGCGUAGCUAGAUGAGUGUAAACGGAUAGUAAUAUAGGGUAUUUAUAACAAACUAUGUGCUUCCCUGCAGAACUAUGACAAGUUUAGCUAUUUGAUCAACUACUUGCAUGGAUGUGGCUAUUAUUCGUCUGUAGCUUGUCCUCUUAUUUGGUAACAAUUUUUCCCUUGCAGUUUGUAGUUUUAUAUACACAUCUAUAAGUGUUACAAAAAAAAACAAAUCUAUAAAUGACUGUUAUAGAUACACAAUUACAUAUAGAUGUCGUCUAAACUGGUUUCGUUGUCCUAGUAAAAUGAUAUUUAAUUAAUAUGACAGUAUGUAUGUGUGAACUGAUACUGUAUUAUUGACAAUAAUGAUUAGCUAGUACUGUGUAUAGAUUGCUUGAUUUAGGACAGGUUAAAAGGACAGAGGAGAAGAUGGAAGUUACUAAAAAAUUGUAGUGUCUGACUCAUGACAUGUGAUCUCUUCUUUCAGACUCUCUCGUUCAAACAUAUUUUGUUUUGUUUUUAAAAUAUAUCAAUUUCCAAAUAACUGUAACUGUUCAAUAAAUCACGAUCAUUCCCUCUGAUACUAUGCUUAAUCAGUCUCACUUCUUGUUUCGCAAAAGCUCUACAGGAUUAUCCCAUGGCUUUCCUUUUGCUAAUAGCUUUUCUCUAGCCAUAUUUUCUUAAUUAAUUUUGGAUUUCUUUAUAGUAUUAUGUAUUGAUGAGGCACAUGUGGUUCCGAUGGUACGUAUACUUUCCUCACAGUUCAAAUGUUAGGCAUCAUCAUCAUUAGUUACCAUUAAAACGUUAGGUUAAGUUUGAAAGGAUGGUUAUUAGCGAGUAAAUUGUUAAUUAAUUUUGUUGAAAAGGGAAACUUAUGGGUCAAGAAGCAAGAAGCCAAGAAGUGUCCAAAGACUCGGCACAUCAUAUCAUUGUAAAUAUUGUAAAGUCUAUGGUCAAGGUGGGAGACUAGUAUCCAACAAAGAUUUGAAAUGCAUUUUCAACUUCUGUUAAGCACAUACCUAACUCGAUUCUGAUUGAUAGGACACCUACUUUCUUUUAUCUCAAUCCCCUUUUCAUAAAUCAUAGAAACCAUCCACUCGUAUAUAUCAAAUAGUGACAAUGUGAGCAAAAUUCGUAUAUGCAAUUUAACAUUUUACCAAAAAAAAUAAAUAAAAUUUCGUAUAUGCAUAAAAACAAUUUAAGGCCCAUUUGCGCAUCUACACGUAUGAAACAAUUUUUUUUGUUCAUUUCACUUCUCUCACCUCCUAAAAACCAAUCAUUAAUAAAAAAAAAAUCAUGUUGGAAAUGUUUGAAUACGAUAUCUCACUUGUACUUAUUUACCUUAUAGUAUAUAUCUUUCAUUAGUUCAGCGUAAAUCUCUAGCUUCCAAGUUAUAGGAACCGUGCGAUUAUUAGAUUAUAUAUAGUGUAUGGCUAUUGCCUGAUAACAAUCUAAACUAUACUAAAAGGAGGAUACUAAACCCUCUAAAGGUGUACACGUCGGAUUGAAAAAUUAGCCAUUCAUAGAGCAGCAUUCGUCCACGUCAUAUAAAAGGGAUUGAGCUAGAAAAGGCACGUUGGCUGGGCUUUGUAAAAAAUAUAAUUUGCCCAUCCUCAGCCCAAAACCUAUUUUUCUCAAACUUGCCUUUCUCUCCCCCUCGACUCUUCCACUUCAUCUUCUCUAAUCUCUGAGUUUUCCGAGUUUCACGUUACUUUAGCCACUUAUGAUCAAUCAGUGAUCUUUAAACUCUUUUUCAAUGUUCCGUUCCACCUCUCUAUGAUUCUUCAUCCUUCAAAUCCAGACGUUUUAUGAUAUUUAUCAACCACUAACUAUAAAUUUAGGGCCAUACACACGAACCCUCACCUCCCCAACCAAGUUUUUGCAGUUCUUGAUUUUUUACUCCCCUUUUCCGUUCUGGCUAACCUUGAUUUUGUCUUCCUACUUUACUUUCAACAAUCUGCAUCUUUGCCGUUUUCUCAAGAGGUUGUCCACUCAUCCUUUAUUGGGAUUAUUAGGUUUUUAUUCUCUCUUGCAUGUUCAAUUGCCAUUAAUGUCAAUACCAAGAGCUUCUCGCAGAUAAACAUGUAAUUAGUUGACUCCCUUUUGGAUUUUCAGAACUGUUAUCAUUCUCUGCAAGUCAAUCUUUACUUUCCCUUUUUCCGUCACGUUUUAUACCUCUUAUGAGUUUUUGAUAAUCAAUAAACUAAAUAUAUGUAGUAAAACCUAUCAUCUUACUUCGUUGAUUAUUCACAUAAUUAUACUUUUUGUUUUGGUUUUGACUCUAAUGAUUGUUGCUGUUGAUUGAACGUGAUUUUAGUUGUUCUUUCCAGGUUCUGAUUGCAUCACCUCCAAGAAAAAAACUCAGUCAGCUGAUUGCUUCAUGACUUUCCUACGUUGGCUUAUUGAAUCUCAUAUUCAGGAGCUGGAGGAGGAACUGAAGCUUCUCAAGAAUCACUCUCAACCAAAUAUAGUUGGAUGCAGCUGUCCUCACAAAUGGCGUGUAUGGCGACAUAGAUGAUGGUACCAUUACCGAUAGCGAUCUGAAGACAGAAAAACUCACACAUUACAUAGAGCAUCCCCGUCCCAUAGAGCCACCUGCAGAGGCAGCGCCUCCACCACCCCAGCCUCUUAAACUGACAAAGAGGGAGCAGAAGAAACUUCGAACCCAGAGGCGUCUGGCAUAAGAAAAGGAGAAACAGGAGAUGAUCAGACAAGGGUUGCUUGAACCACCAAAAGCAAAGGUGAAAAUGAGCAAUCUGAUGAAGGUUCUUGGGUCUGAAGCAACGCAAGACCCAACCAAGCUUGAGAAGGAGAUCCGCACAGCAGCAGCCAAACGUGAACAGGCUCACACGGACAGGAACGCAGCACGGAAGCUAACACCGGUACACCAACUACUUCUUUGUUUCUUUUAUAACUCUUUCAUUCAAUACCACUGAGAAUUUUUUUUUUUAUAACAUGAAACAUGGAAACAAGAACUUGUGAUUGGUUUAUUCGUAGAAAUCUGUGUUUUUGUGGACUUAUGGUCCAUCAGAGAGAGAGAGAGAGAGAGAGAAGGUUUUUCUUUGUGAGAAGGUUCUUCUCAUGGGAGAUGGGAGAACGAGCUUUUGGAUGGAGAAGAGACGCUGGAAGAAAUAUUGGAUCUUAUCAGUGAGGAAGCUGGAGCAUUGGCCACAGCUGAGGGAACCAAGAGCUUGAACUCAAGUUUCAUCUAAACUAAUGCUCUUCAGGAAUUUUUAAAGCUUAGUCGGUUGUGGUUGUGGUUGUUAAAGACAAGAGUGAUGGCUAGAAGGCUAAGGAAGAAGAUGAAGAUCAAAUGAAAAGUGGGUGGUUGGGUAAAUGAGGAGACCGCAAUAGUCUAAGAAGGUUGUGAUUGAACAUUUGAGGUCUCAUAAGGGAAGUAACUAUAAAAUGAUUUUCACCUCCUGGAUUAUUUGUCGAUGCUGGAGGGGUUGUGAUUAACAGAGUUUUCUUUGGUGGUGGACAAAAGAAAAAUAUUAAAAGAGAUUUUGUUUGAUACACUAAGCGUUUAGAUUCGAGACUCCCCUUAUAUAGAGUAAAAUUUAGGAUCAGAGUUCUUAAACAAAGUAAUUUCAAGCAAGUAUAUUUUCUGAUUUACAUCUCAGGACCUCUCCUGUGUCUAUAUACUAAAUAUUUUAGAGUAUUCAGUCUCCUUAUAUUCAAAAAUUCAGAAGCAGAGAGUAUAUGUUCUUACACACUGACUUAAGGCCGAUAACAUCAUAUAACAACAUAUUCUGUUUUUUUUUUCAAAUGCAAGCGGUAUUGAAUUCACAUAGAGAGCACAUACUUUGUUGGAGGCAUGAGCUAUGAUUAAGCAACAUCAGUCAUCAAGACUAUUAUGUGAGAAAAUCAAAUUCUGUGAUCAUACAACGCAAACACAAGCUUAUGAGGACAAGUUCUCCACAGUUUACUUUAUUAUAUCAUAUUGAAAUUUGAGAUGAAUUGAAAAAUCAACAAGACAUGAGUUUUAAAAUCCAUCCUCGCACAAAUUUCCGGCCACAACAACGGCUACUCGCCUUUUUGAACAUGGGUUAUAACUUAUAACCAAUCUAUGUUUUAGAAAAAACAAUUAAAAAUGGGAAUAAAAACAGUUGCAUGUUACUUUUUUAGACAAGACUUACACGCGCACAAAUGAACAUAUAUGUUACAUUUAUAUGAUUUUCAGUCAUUAUUUUCAGUUCAUGUACUCUUCUUUAUAUAAUCAAUCGGCAAAGCCAUCUGUGGUAAGCUUCAGUUUCUAAUGAGGCAUAUAAUUAAUGAGUAAAUCUCAUGAAACUAAGGUUAUAGGAAAUCAUGGAUGAAGACUUUUGUUCCUAAGUAUUUUGGGGAUCAAAACGACAUUUGAAAGGAAAAAAAAUAUGCAUACCUAUUAUUUUUAUAAUUUACAAAAAGGUUUAUGAAAAAAGGUAGGUCACAAAAAAAUAUAGUUAAAAAUCCGUACUAAUAUGCCUAUGAUCCAAAAAUAAAUCUUUACGGAAAAGUAAACAACGAAAACAUACAUUACAUUAUAUAUAUGCAAAUUGAAACAGUUAAUUACAAAAAAAAAUAGUCAUAUGAACCCAAGUAUAUCGUUUUAACAUGAAAACUCAAAUACCAGAACGAUCCAACAUAUAUACACUCACCAGAUAUACACACCAUACAUUACUAUGAACUGAAAAACAAUAAAAUAUAUGCAACCCAUGGAUAGGAUAUCAAUCAAUGUAAUAGUAUCCAAGAAAUGGCAACCAAAAAUUUCAAGCCAGCGUAAUAAAAAUUAUGUUGACAUAUUACGUUUUUUUGUUAAAAAUAAGGUAAACAGAUAUUUUAAAAUUUUGACCAAUCAAAAACGUGCUUAAUUACUAUCAUUGUUAUAAUUUGAUUAAACUAUAUUUAGAAUCAUAUCAAUUAUAGGAACACAUUUCUUUGUCAUAGCUCACCAAAACAUGAGCAUUAACAUCUAAAUCUAGACACUAACCAUAAGAUAAGGGCCAGAGAAAUUAACAGAUCCACCAUCUAUACUACCGAAAUAUCUUCUUUUUGGGACAAACAAGCCACGAAUAGAGAAUGCAUUGGAGAUCCAUCAUGAGUGAGGCAAGCCAAAACUCACCUCCGCAUGCAUAAAAUCGUACAGGCAGUGGUUCUACAAACAAGGUAAAACACAGCUAUAUAGCCCAUAAACAAAACACAGUAAAUAAGGUUAUCAUGAAUCUAUAAAACAUGCAAUCGCAUAUUCACUACUAAAAAGAAAAGUGAACAUCACUAACCAGCAUACAACCACUCUGUUGCAAAUUUAACUAAACUCAUAUUUGUUAACAGAUCAGGGCCAUCUCGAACCAUCAUCUCACAAUUUUCCAUUUAUGUCUAUAAGAUAUUCCAUGAUACAAUCGUCUACACUCGACAAACGGACAUACCUUCAUGUGUAUUACUUUUAACUUUAAAAAAAAUAUAAUAAAAUGCUUGAUCGUUAGGUUUAGAAUGAAGCUAAAGGAUUUUUAGGUUUUUAUUGUGUUAGUCUCAUACGAAAUGCUAUUUCUAAAGUUAUACUGUUUGCAUGCUUUCUUAUGAUAUUUUUUUUGCUUUUGAAAAUUAAAAUCACAAACCACUUCAGAUCAGUAUGUAUGAUCUAUUUCUCAUUCUCUUUUGAUAUAUUCAAAAAAAUUCGCUUCCAAAAUUUUGUGCAGAUAUUGAACUUACAUGAAUGAUGUGUUGUAAAUAUAACUUUGGCCAAAGGAAAUCAUCAACAAACCAUUAAUAAAGGUACAACCGGAUCUAUACCUACUAUCCAAGCUCAAAACUUUGUAAAUUCUUUAGAACAAAUUUAUCAAAUGAUAUCAUAUAUUAUAUAAAUUUAAAAAGAAAAUAACAUAACCACAUUAUCGUAGCGCGGACACGGACCUAGUACAAGUAAAUUUCUUUUUACACGCCAUGUGAUAUACAAUGUCGUCUUAUAUUCAAACGAUGUAUAUUUUCAAUUCAGACUUUAAAGUCAAUACUAAAACUUAGAUGAAUCAUAUGUUAUUACCUGAAUAUUGUGGGCCCUUAAGCAGAAUUUUUUUUUGGCCCAUAAAUUAUAUUUUCUGGAAAAAUGUCCAAAUUUUUUUAACUGGGUUUCGAGCACACAACCCUAGUAACAAUGUAGACGGUUUACCAACUGUGCUUUAGGCAGCUCUUGCAAACAAUUUAGCCCCUAAAACUAUUUAUAGAAAUUUUGGCCCCAAGCAUACUAGCCUAUAGUCAGGCACGGCCUUGGUUAUUAGUUGAAAACAGUAGAUUUCAGUGUAGAUGUAUAAACCAAAUGAAAGACGAUUAAAAAAAGUUCGUUAAAAGAAAGAGAUUGGUCCCCCACUGUAACUGAGCGAAAGUUGUGGUUAGGGCUUCUCUUGGAUUUAGUUAAAUUCUGAAGGAUAAUUACUUAUUUGUCGUUUGUCCUAUAAACGGCAUCUAUUUCUAAUCUCGGUGUAUUUAUUAACACAAUCGUGGUCCAGACAAUGUGUUUGUAUCCAUUUAAAUACACGAUACAUCAAUGCAAGUUAAAUGUACAGAUAAUUAUUGUAAACGUAGUCCUAAAAAUGAACGAACUAUAAUUUUAAUGUUACUCAAAGAUACUUAUUAUAUUACAUUAGCUUCAGUACGUCGAUUGUAUAGCCAUCACAACCAAAGGCGCUACCCAAAUCGGAAUACAAAUAUAUAUAUAUAUAUAUAAAGGAAAAGUGGCAUGAUCGAUAACAUGAGAAAGAGCAAGCAAACUUAGCUGCUGGGUUUCAUCCAUAACGUUAUUAGGAUCUUAAGAAUCGGUGUUCAUAUUAUCUCACCUGUGUGUGUGUGUGUGUGUGUGUUUUUACAUAAUAUUCUUUUGGAUCCAUAGAUCCUAUACAUUCAUCUAAAAGGAUACAUAUUGUAACUAACUGUGUGUCCAGGAAUAGGCUUCUGCAAAUAGAAAAUGGGCCACUAAAACUGGUUUCUUGGCGUAUGGGCUUUUAGCCUAAUUUAGUGACCGGUUGCGUCUCUCACAAGAUUUUUCACCUCCGCUUCGAGUAAGACAGGGUUAUAGUCAAAACACGAAGACAUAACAAAAAAACAAACGAAACAGAGUUUAGAUUCAGAACUAAGUUAGAAGUAACUUUGAGAAGAGGAAGAAAUAUUUGAUUUUUAGAAGAGAGAAAGUAUCUGAGUUAACUAUGUACGACGAUGGAAGUAACGUUCAUGAACUUGAUUUGGAAAAAUCCGAUCAACAUGUUUGGUUGAUGAAGAGCCCUGUAGUCGUCGCCAAGGCUUGGACCAAACAGACUCCUCCUCCUCCUUCUUAUUAUUUUUCUUCCUCGGUAUUGAAUAGUUCGGCGAAGGUUGUUCACUCCGUUGACACUCUAUAUGCCGACCCCGAGAUUUCGCUUCUCAGCUUUAGGGUUUCGAAAACUUUAGAUUGUUGAAUACGUAGAGACAUUAAUAAUGUUGACGUACGGGUUUAUAUUCUUGAAAUUACAUUAUUUGGAUAAGGAGGGACUCAAAGUUUGAAUCUUUAUUGAGUCUCUGAAUGUAGCUUAGGGGCCGGAGGAUCUUCCGCUGACUCCUGUUUGUUGUUGAUUUGUUGUUCGUAUCAACUUAUGUAAUGUUAUAUAUCAGUUCAACGUGAAGAUGGUUGGUGCUGACGCCAAUGGCUAGAAUGCAUGAUUUAGUUUCCUCCAAUUCAAAGGUAAAGAUUAUUCUCUUCCCAAUUAUGUUUGCAUAUAUGGAGUAGUCAUUAAGAUAUGGUAAGAGUAAAUGAAGCAGCAAUUCUUCUGACAGACUAAAAGAUGAAUUAGGAUCUGAAUACAAGAAAACGUUACACAAAAAAAAAAUAUACAAGAAAACGAUACAUACAGGUGAGUGGGCAGUAAAAUCAAUCAAUCAAUCCCAUGUGCAACACUAUUUCCUAUACUACAUGUGCCAUAGUCGCAAUAUUAUAACACCUGAGACAUUUUGACAAGACGAAAAGUUAUUUUAAUUUGUAUUAUUAAAGCCAAAUUAAGCAAAUUAUGAAAGUAAGUGUGUUUGGUUAUCAAAAAAAAAUCAUGUGGCCGUUUGGUUGGAUAUAAACAUAUAACGAAUAUGAAGUCUUGUCUUAAGAGACGAGACGUCAAUGUGUCUUCCACUACUUGAACAUAAGCGUGAUUUAUCGUUUUGAAGUUUCCAAGUUGUGCUAUUUGAGCCGUAGAAAGGGACGAUGAACAUUAAUGACAUGGACAACAUUAUGUAAAUGGUAAUGUACUUCACUCUUUUUUUUUGUUUGUGGCAGACACAUUAAUCGUGUUUACAUUUUAAUUUCUUCUUCUAAGGUUUACAUUUAUUUCAGUUUUUCGAUCACUUGAGUUUUGAAUAACUCGAAAGAACUACAUUACAUUUUCUUUGAUCAGAAAUAUAAGUUUAUAAACAUUUAAUUCACUACUUUUACAAAAGCGAUUACAUUUUCAGUCAUAUUUGUAAAAUUCUUAAAGUGAGUUAGUGGUCAACGAAUAGACCUUAAUUGGUCAGAAAGAUGCAGCUUAUGUAGCACAAAAGCGUGGCUAGAUAAAAGAAAGAGAUUUAAUGAUCAUGUCGAAGGUGGAAACUGUGAUCCUUUGAUGGAAACUUUGGUGUUAUAGAGAAGACUAUACAAAUUAAAUUAUGACAAUUAUAUCGGUAGUUUAAUCAUGUCGGAAUAUCUGUAAUAAGAAAUCCUACCAAAUUUCAUGUAAAAUAUAAUGGACUUCCUCAUUAUUAAUCCAUGCAUGCAUGCCAAACAAAAGCAUUUGAGAGGUAACAAAACAAAAUAGAAAAUAGGAAGUCUAUACGUAUGUUUUGGUCCUUUUGGACAUAGAGAAAGAUCUCGCCCGCAAAAAGCCAACCCACAAAAUAGUUACAGAAACAGCUAUAAUUGCCUAAUAGGAAUAAAAGGUUUUAAUUUCUCUUUUUCCCCAAAUAACUGAAUGAAUUUUUAUAACUUUAACUAACAGAGCAAGUUUCUGAGUCAUCAUUAGUAAUACAAAUAAAUAAAUUUUGAGUAGGAAGUUUUAUGGCCUCAUCACUACGUGACAAUAUAUAGGUUCUAUGACUUCUAUCAUCGUAAAAUCAUGUGAAUCUAUAACAAGUAAGUAGUAACAGCAGGUGCCAAAACGCAAAUGUAUCGGCUCUACUGACUCAUUUUGGUUGAAAAAUACUAGCACUGAACGCAUUUCUAGCUAAGCUCUAAAGGCAGCGUUAAACUCUUAGUAAUUUUCCGCUGGUUAAUUAGCUUAUUUCUGGUAGCCAUAGCCCCUAUAGAGUUUGUCAAUUACAGUUGCUUUAUUUUUUCUAUGAAGAAAAUAUAGUUGUUUUCUGUUGAUAUACGUAUUCAAAUUACGUUAGUGGUUUUAAGGGGCAUAUAUAAGUCUUAUACUAUAAUAACAUGUUGAAGGGUCAUACUUGUCUCUUUCUUAUAGUGUUGUCGCACGUCGAGGUGUACUCCUAGUGACAUCCACUUAUCAUCGCAAUUCACAAACGAAACUAACGACCUUCUUUCAAAUAUCAAUCAAAACAUCGGAUGAAUACUUUUUCUUUUGGAUAAAACAACGGAUGAAAAUUUAGUAGACAUAACUAUAUCACAAAAUUAGAGCUGGAUCAAGUAUCAUUGAUAGUUGUUUCAUUUAAUCCCAUCUCAUACCGGAACUCAAACUAAUACCUUGAUUUAUAGAAAGCCGGGUGUUGAUUCAACUUCAAACGUGUACAGUUACAGUACUUAAGCUUAUAAUCGAAGAGAUUUGUUCCCUUGUAUUACAAUGACCAAACACCAUUAAAUUGCAAGUACACUUACAAGGUAUAUACACAGUCAUUAAGUGUGAUCCAUUUUUCAGAACUCUGUGUACGUUCUUCAGGCAAUACGCUUCUGGUUCGGAACAGUUUUUUCUUUCUUGUAGUCAAACGUGUACUAUUAUGAAGUAUUGUAGUAAAUACUUGAAGUCCCCUGUGUUGUCGUGAAUAAGUGGCAGCAUUUAGUGAAUUGGAUGAUUAGCGAGAGAAUACGUAAGUUUAUAGCUUAGUCAUAUUAAGACUCUGAAACUAUGCAUGAGCAGUUGCAGAUCCAUGAAUAAUUUAUAUAUAUACUAGGGGAAAACAUAAAAUGGGUGUCAAAAAUAAAAAUGUACGGGUUCAAAGUUCAUAAAAAUCCAAAAGCAUAAAGAAAAUGAAAUUAUGGGAUGUCACUUGAACAUACUUGGUUCCGUUUUUCAAAAACAAAAAAAACAUACUUGGUUCCUUGUAAGUCCUCUGUACGUGAUCAUCUCAAAUAUCUCUAAAGUAAUUACGUUAUUUUAUUUAGAAACUUAGGUUAAAAGAUAAUAUUUGUGUAUUAAUAUUUGUGUAUUAACAUUCAAAAGAGGAAAAAAAAAAAAAAAACAUUCAAAAGAGGUCUUUCACAAAAAAAAAAAAACACUCAAAAGAGGAGUCAGAAAAGGAGAGAAAUAGAUCGGAGACAAGAAGAUUCGCUCGUGGGCGAACAAAGAUGAUAAAAAUGAAAUAAAGUGAGGAAGAAAGGAGACAAAGCAAUUAAAUAUCCCAACUAAGAGUGGCCUCCCUGUUCUUCUUCGUCUGCUGGUAUUGUUUUGCUGGGUCCUAACCCGACCCGUUUUUAUCUUUGAUGGGUCUUACCCGACCCGGUUUUGUACCCUUUACCUGCUGAGAGAAUGAGACGAUAAAAGUAUAAAAGUAAAAUUUAUGAAUGCUCUGAAUGAAUGGAAUUAAUUCAUUAACAUUCCCUAACAUUUCUUAAAAAAUCACCAUUCAUAAUAAAUAAUUUUUCCUUCUCAUUCCCUACCAUUCCUUUUUUUUAAAAGAAAUAAAUAAUAAAUUAAUUCAUUGUUAAAUAUGGAAUGAAACAACCAUUCAUUUUCAUUUCUGUAAUUCUGUUCCUCUACGUUCCUUUCCUAUUCGUUCAUCUUGUUUCCAGAAUGGUCACCAGUCAGACUCGGAAUGUUGUUGAUGGAAAGGUAGAAAUUAUGGAACAAAAUAAAACCGAAUGGAUAACUGCAGGAACACAUUUUUAUAAUAUAAAUGGUAACUUUUAAGAGGAAUGAAAUGGGUUAAUUAUAAUUUUUAAAUUAAAUUAGUCGACUGGUGAUCAUUCUGAAAACAAGAGGAAUGAACAGAAAAGCAACGUAAAUGAAUAAAAUUACAGGAAUGAAAAGAAUCCUUUCCAAAUUUAUUAAAGAAUACUUUUGUUCUUUAUUUCUUACAAAAAAAGAAUGGUAGGGAAUGAGAAAAAAAAAUUAUUCUUUGUGAAUAGUGAAAUUUUUUAGGAACGUUAAGAAAUGCAUUAUUCAUCGCCGUUUCCUGGUCACCAUUCAUAUCCUAAGAGUACUCUCAAUUUCCUUCACCGUUUAUUGAUGUUUCUGGAUAAAAUUCAUAAAUGCUACGAACAGAGAUUAAAAAUAAUAAUUUUGGAGGAAGUGUAAUAUGUAACAAUGAGGCAACUAUAAAACCUCAUCAAUUUGAAAACAUUAAUAUUUAAGCUUUUUUCACACAAAAAAAAACAGUAUAACAGUGAUGAGAGGUGAUAUCACCUCCUAAUAUGAGAGAAGCAACUUUUUGAUUUGUAAGUUUGAUCACUACGAAAGAGUGUUUAAAUAAGAAAAAGAUGUUGCUAUUUUUUAGUUUAAGGUUGUAACAAAUUGUAUAUCAUAAUUUCAAAUUUAAGAUCUUAACAAAUCAACAAUUUGACUGCAAAUAAAUAACAUGUGUAUAAUAUAUUAACAUAAUUAACAAUACCUAAUUAUGUUCCAUUCCUUUUCAUUCACGUAAGUUUUUUAUUCUAAAUCUUUUACUAUUGUAUUCCUUUUGUUUCCAUUUAUUUCAGAUAAAUUUUUGGAAUAGGAUUUUUUUUCAUCCCACGUAACUGGUAAUUUUAUUUUAGAAUCAAUAGGAAUUGGCCAUUCCAAAGAGUUUUAUUCCAAAAAAACUCAAUCUAGUCGCAACCUUUAACUUUAUAUAUAAUGGUUUAUUGUCUUCUUUUACAACAUACAAGCCACAAGGGGAUUUCUUUUCUUCUUUUUAAACUAAAAAGGGUUUAUCUUCUGUCACAAAGACGAAAAAUGUUAGUUAAUAAUUCGAUUAAUUGUAUUUUAAAUAAUACUUUGUGAGCACUAGUUCCGGAAAUUUGGGCGAAUUAAUAGUGAACCUUUAGUCUUUACCAUACGCCCUUCUUUUUAAAAAUAAAAUUGCUGUUUUUUUUCUGCCAACAAUAAAAUCGCUGUUUAAUUAGGUAUUUUUCCUAACAAUUUAUUAUUUUCACGAGUGAACUUACGAACAGAUUACUAAAAAGGAAUUCCGCCAUAUACCCUUUUCUUUAUAAACGUUAUAUAGACUUGUUGCAAACUUUCAUACAUAACUAUACUAUUAUUAAUGCCUCUAAAGUCUAAACUACAUUUCACAUAUAAUCUAAUACUAACUAUAAACGUAGUACUUUCUUCAAAAAAAAAAAAUAAACGUAGUACAUCGGUUAUAUAAUAUCGGUUACAUACAUUAUAUACAGAUAAGUAAAAUCAUAUUCCAUCCGUCUUGAAACGUUUUUAGCAACUAAUAUUCUUUUCUACUUCAAGAAAGGAGUAUUUUGUGAUGAAAGUCGUCGUACAAGUGGCACACGUAUGCUCAACCGUAUUCAUAAUGCCAUUGUCGAGAAGAUCCCUCCAAUAAAUACACUGCAACAUCCAAAUCUAAACACAAAUUUCAUGUUAUAUAUAUACUGAUAUACAUAUUAAUCAUUUCAAAAAUACAUAUACGUUUGAAUGAUUAGAAUAGGAAACUAUUAUUUCCUCUCUGAAGCCUUACGUAACAACUGGAUCAACUAUUCUUCGUGUUACUGAAUUGGUAAAAUUGAAGUUAUUCUUUCCAAAUAUAUUGGUAUUUAUAUGCCAAUCACAUUAAACGGAAUGGAAACAUUCCAUAUCCUCUUAAUCAUGAAAAAAAUACCACAUUCAGCAAUCAGCACCAAAAAAUAGUUUAUUUAUUAGUUAUAUAGGCCUUAUGAUCGGAUCUAUAACCUAGCUUCGUGAUCUCUAUAUUUUAUGUUUUAUCGUAUCCUCAAAUGAUAGUUUUGUAGUUACCAAAGCAAAACAAGCAUUUAUUUCAACCUAAAUUUCCCCCUAAACUGCUUGUUUACAAAGAAAAUUCCCCCUAAACUGCAAACCAUUCAAAAUAAUAAAUAAUUUUGAAGUAUUUUACUAGUUUGUUUCUUUUUCCGGCAAAUCAAAUAUACUGAUAUUAUAAUAAAUUUACAAGACACAAACACAAUUUCAAUACACCCCUUACUCCCUUAGUUCAAAUAUAAGAAAUUAAAACAAUUUCAGUGAAAAAAUGGAGAGUAACCAAACUUUCCCAACAUAAAUCUUAUAUAAGAAAGAUCAUUAUAACUUUUUCAUCGUUCUUAAAUAAAAAUAUUUUACGUCAAAAAGAAAUUCAUGAUAAAAUGGAAAAUAUGAUGAAUACUACGUAUAGUUUUUCUUUAAAAAAAAAUGAAUAAUACAUAUAGUUUUUUUACGAAAGAAUAUUACAUAACUUAAUUAAUCUAAAACAGUUUUGUGACAAAAAUUUCCAUGAACAUUUCUUUGUGUCGUAAUUAUGUUCAUACAUACGUGGAAGGAGUUGAUAAAAAAAAAA